AUGCUGUCUUUGCCCCGAAAGUCAGGUAACCAUAAUUUAUCACAUUGGUUGCAAGAGCUCAUUUUUAAGCAGUGUUCGUAUGUUGCAGGAGUUUUGAAAUUGUUUAUAUGGCUAGUGUCAUUUAUCAAGACGACUGCCAUUCUGAAUUUCAUCAUCUACAUCACUGCUUUCACAACAGUCAUAUGUGUUCUAUUUGUAAUUUAUCUCGUGAACGAUAUCAAUAAUUUCUAUAAGGAUGAAAUCAACAAUCUGCAGGAGUUUCGGACUCUGGCAAACAAUGCGUGGCAUCUGAUGAAUGUUCACCCAUUCAAACCUCCUCGAAGCGGUAGAGCGACGUUUUAUGGAACACUCAUUCAGAAAAGUGUGCAAUGUAGUUGCGCAUCACCACCUUUGAAUUGCGUACCAGGGUUGCGUGGCCCACCGGGGUUACUUGGAGCACCCGGCAAAGAUGGGCAGCCUGGCCGACCUGGAGAACGUGGAAUGGACGUGGUAGUCGUCGUAAGAAGAAUAGAUACAGGUAUCUGUGCAAAAUGUCCGGCGGGGAAACGUGGAGUUCGAGGUCUACCAGGCCCUCCUGGGCCAGAAGGAUUAGUUGGAGAACCUGGAAAGGCAGGGGAGACACGAUUAGGUUUACCUGGGCCUGCGGGUCCUAUUGGAGAACCAGGUUUUCCAGGGGAAGCAGGUGUUACCGGCAGUCCAGGUCCUGACGGAAAGUGUGCUGAACGUGAAAUUGGGUACCCUGGAGCGCCUGGACCAGUUGGACCGUCAGGUCCGCCAGGUCCACCUGGAAUUGAAGGCAAGCCUUGUCAGCCAGGUAGACCAGGAGCAGUCGGACCACGUGGAGAGCGAGGGCUUCGGGGAAGACCCGGAUUGCCUGCCAAGCGCGGAAGGCGAGGUCGUCGUGGAAGGCGU